CAAACAGCCGAUUACUGCUGUCAUCGCUCAUGACAGUUCCAAAUCUUUUCUCACAAUCCUUACACAUCACAAAGCACGUCCUAAGCCGACGAAUUCAAAUAAGUGAAAAUUUGGAUAAAAUUGAUAAUUUCUGCUUAAGUUUCUACAAAGACGAACUUUCACUUCAUUAUCGAUUUGGAUAGUGAGAGAGAAUAAGGUGCAAAGUACCGAAAAAAUGUCUGGAAUCUGCGGAGAAGUAUUUGUCGUCCUUGCCCCGUGUGUCGAAUCCGGCAAAACCAUCAUUUAUGGGCGGAAUGGUCUCCGCCAGCCGGCGGAUGACUCCGCAGUUAGUGAAGUGCAUCUUUACCCAGCAUCCGAAGGAAACAGCGGAUCAGUGAAAUGUGAUUCGGCUGAAAUUGAUGGAUCUGCAACGUUUUCUGUGAUUUUAAGCAAACCGGCUGGUGUGUGGGGAGCCGAGAGUGGAUCCAACGAAAAGGGGUUGUGCCUAGGCCUAACCUUUAGCGAAGGCCAUCCGGUCGAGGGUAAACUCAAUGCGACGGAUUUGGUGCGAUUGGGGUUAGAAAGAGCCACCAGUGCUACUGAAGCUAUUGAUUUACUAACAAAACUAAACCAGCAAUACGGUCCUGUCGAAGAGAGCAAGGAUGCACCCAAAGCGGCCUUCGUGGUGUGUGAUGCCAACGAGGCCUGGUUACUAAACCUUGUGGGGUGCUUCUGGGCGGCCCAUAAACUUGCCUCCGGUAGUUUAGCUCUCAAUCCCGGUUUGUCCGUAGGUACCCAAAUCGAUCGAAGCUGCGAUGAUUUGCCAUCUAAACUGCAAGCUGCCGGCGUGUGGGAUGGUGCUGGUGAGCUAAACUUCUCCAAAGUGUUCGGCUCCGAUAGCGCUCGUGCCUGGUCAGGGCCUGAACCUUCCGGAGAAGGUUCUUACGGUUUGGUUCAAAUGUUCGAAACACUCCGAGCUGCCGGUACCGAACAAAAGUCACUCUCUAGCCAUGUGUCAGUUUUGUCGAAUAGCGGCCUAUCUUGUCACUGGUUUACAGCGACCCCCAAUCCGGUGGAAUCGGUAUACAAACCAUUUAUUUUUACUCCUGGAGCCAAAAUUUCGCCUCUAACUAGAGUUCCUGCAGGAGAUAGUCAAACAUUGCUCCAUAAAUUGCAUAACAAUCGAAAGUGGGAAAACGUAGGUGAUUUGUUAACUUCACUGGAAAGUACGUGCGUCGAUGAAGUCAACCGUUUCAUUUGUGAGCAUUCUAGCGAACCAAUUCAAGAGCUUGAUGAACUAAUGAAGGAUUGUGUAGAGGCUGAGGUUAAGUUCUAUCGUUAAACAUAAGCAAUUGAUGACCAUAUAAACUAUACCGAAGCGAUCAAAGCGCUAUCUAAUAGCACUAACCGUAUUUUGACGACAUUCCUUAUCGAAUAAGACUUGCUUAAUUAUGAUUUCAAUCCGGAAGUAGCACUGGUUUUCAAAGGUUGCUGGAUCUUGCUGAAGAACAUAAAAUAUAACCGGAUAUUUAUAAUGAAUCUGUGAACCAUUCUUAUCGAUAACUUAGAUAUCGGCACAACUUAGGCUGCAGACUGCAGAUAGUAUUUUAUACAUUUUUGAGCAGGUUUUUAGGCGAUAUCUGAUGUGUAUGGCAUCAUUUGCGAGUGUGCUUUAAAUGGUUUGUUAUUGUUGUGUUCAUCGGAAACGAUUAUUUAUUACAAUUAGUUAUUGUAAAAUAAUUUCGAAAAUUGAAUUCCAGUGUUUGUUUAGCUUAGCUUGUCUUCAAAAUGGCGUGAGAUCUCAACUAUUUUACAUUUAUUGACAGACAUUCGUCUUAUUUAUUUGUAGCUCGUUUAUUCAUAGUGAGUAAAAAUUUACACUUCGUAGGUGUUCGAAUUUUGUGUACUGCGGUAUGCUGGCUUUACUUUACAAUUGUAUUUUUACAAAUAUAGCUGAACAGUUACAACAAUACAUACGUGCUCUGAACAGGAAUAUAGAAUUUACAGUAAUAACAUCAAGUGUAUUAUCUAUUCUCUCUAUUUGAAAAAUGAUUACUAGAAAUAUCCUAUCGAUGCAUGCGAAAAGAAUAAAAAAUGAAUAUCAAA